ACUUAACUUUUUCAAGACACACACACAGAUACAUAUAUACACCAAAUAUAUAUAGAUAUAGAUAUAUAGAAAAAUGGAAUCAGAUUAUGGAGUUCCAAGAGACCUGUCUCAUCUACAACUAGCUCGAUCACUUUACAAACCACCACUUCCACCCUGUCUACAGGGAACUACUGUGCGAGUUGAGUUUGGUGAUGCAACUACUGCAGUUGAUACGUCUGGUGCUAGUGCCAUUUGUCGAUCAUUUCCUCACACUUAUGGUCAACCUUUGGCCCAUUUUCUUAGAGCCAAAUCCAAUGUACCUAAUGCACAGAUCAUUAGUGAGCAUCCUGCAAUAAGGGUUGGAUUGGUUUUCUGCGGUAGACAAUCUCCUGGAGGACAUAAUGUUGUGUGGGGCCUGCAUGAAGCUCUCAAAAUCCAUAACUCUGAAAGUACCUUGCUGGGAUUUCUGGGUGGUUCUGAAGGUUUAUAUGCUCAAAGAACACUCGAGAUCACAGACGAUGUUCUUUUGACCUACAAAAACCAAGGUGGUUACGAUCUAUUGGGACGAACAAAAGAUCAAAUAAGAACAAAAGAACAAGUCAAUGCUGCAAUGGCUGCAUGUGAGGCUCUGAAGCUGGAUGGUCUUGUAAUUGUUGGAGGGGUAAGAUCAAACACAGAUGCUGCUCACCUUGCUGAGACUUUUUCUCAAGCAAAGUGCUCUACAAAGGUAGUAGGAGUACCUGUUACUUUAAAUGGGGAUCUCAAGAACCAGUUUGUGGAAGCUAAUGUUGGUUUUGAUACAGUUUGCAAGGUUAACUCUCAGCUCAUCAGCAACCUCUGCAUCGAUGCUGUUUCAGCUGAGAAGUAUUACUAUUUUGUUCGGAUCAUGGGGCAGAAGGCCUCUCAUGUUGCCUUGGAAUGCACUCUGCAGUCACAUCCUAACAUGGUUAUUCUUGGUGAAGAAGUUGUUGCUUCAAAACUAACUAUCUUUGACAUAACGAAACAGAUCUGUGAUGCUGUGCAAGUCCGGGCAGAAAAAGAAAAGUUCCAUGGAGUCAUCCUACUUCCAGAAGGGCUUAUAGAAAGCAUUCCCGAGGUUUAUGGAUUGUUGCAGGAAAUCCAUCGAUAUCUUCGACAAGGUGUUUCUGUUGAUAAGAUAUCAUCAAAACUGUCACCUUGGGCAUCCGCCUUAUUUCAAUUUUUGCCACCCUUUAUCAGAGAAGAGCUUCUCCUUUAUCCUGAAUCAGAUGACUCUGCACAGUUAUCUCAGAUUGAAACUGAGAAGCUUCUUGCUGUACUUGUAGAAGCGGAAAUGAGCAAGAGAAUGAAAGAAGGGACAUACAAAGGGAAGAAAUUCACUGCUAUUUGUCACUUCAUGGGCUAUCAGUCCCGGGGUUCUCUGCCUUCAAAGUUUGAUUGUGAUUAUGCCUAUAUUCUUGGACAUAUUUGUUAUCAUAUUCUGGCAGCUGGUUUGAAUGGUUACAUGGCCACUGUAACUAACUUGAAAGAUUCUUUAUGCAACUGGCGUUGUGGUGCAGCUCCAAUAACAGCUAUGAUGGCUGUAAGGGAUUAUGGGCGUGCUUCUGGUUCUAUGAUGAUUGGAAUACCUGUUGUUCAUCAUGCUACCGUGGACUUGAGAGGCAAAGUAUACGAGGUGUUUAGACAAAAUGCAACAAAGUUUUUAAUGGAUGAUGUCUACAGAAACCCUGGACCUCUUCAGUUUGAUGGUCCGGGUGCCGACUCUAGGACUGUUACCUUAAAUAUUCAGGACCUGGAUUACAUGGGCCGGAUAAAAGAACUAAACGUAUACCUUGAUAAGGUACGAAGCAUUGUGAAACCAGGUUGUUCUCAGGACAUUCUGAAAGCCGCUCUAAGCGCUAUGGCUUCUGUGACAGACAUUCUUUCUGUUAUGUCAUCUCCUUCAGAUGGCACCAUCUGAAGUCAUACAUAUGACUUUUUUGCCGACUUCAAGUUUUAAUGUAACUUCCAUUUGUUUCUCAUUUUGUAUAAUGAGCUCUUCUAGCAUCAGAUUUGAUCAUCUGGGGAAGUUGAAUAAUGAAAGAUGACUGCAUUUUAGGUGGUUAAAUGCUGCCAUUUUGUAAAUUCUUUGCGGGUUGUGCAAAGGUAUAUAGGAGAAUAUUUUGUUUGCUUUGUGAUGGGGUUCUAGUUUGAAACUUGCUAUGUUUUGGAUGCUUUCAGUGGAUCGAAUAAGAAGUAAACAAGCAUAGAUUGAUCUGA